UGUCCUCAGUCUCGCGAAGGAGGAAGAUCGAACGAACUGACAAAAAAUGCUUAUUCUUUUCGUCAGUAGUCUACGUGGUAGAUAAACGCGAAUGGUAGGAAACGAGAGAAAAUAACCAACAAUUCUGUGAUGAAUUGUCUUAACCUCAUACUGGCAGUGUUGUCUGAAACAGGAUUGCAAAGCAAAGUAGCAUAGCGUUACUGACAUUCGUGCAGAGUAUUUCCAGGAGUUGCUUUAUUCUUUGUCAUUUUAUAUUUGGAAUGCAACCGAGUGUAUACUGUGAUCAUUUCUUGGGGUUCUCAUCGAUAAUGUGUAUACCGUUGUCAAUUUACUGGUAGGGGUUCGAUGUUUUGGAUGGAAAUGCCAACAAUGAAGGUGAAAUUACCUUUCACUACAACCGCAAUAUGGCUGCUGCAGAGACGCUAAAGUAAGGAAAAGUUUAUACCUUAGCCCAUGAGUUUUUGGAUUUACUCUGAACUUCAGAAACUGUCUGAACUGGACACUCGGAGACUCUUUUACUAGCUGGACUCAUUCGAACAAGGGAGCUCUGUGGAUUGCUUGAAGAAAGUGAGAGCGAAAGAGCUCGCGCCGUGCUACAUUUUCCCCUUCUAGGACCAAGGAACUUUUUGUAUGCUUGGUUCUGUGGUGCCUCUUCGAUUGUUCCAGAAUCAAACAUUACAAGCCAAAAAUGCAUUUCUCCAUACCAGAGACGGAGGUUCGUUCAGGUGAAAAUGGAUCCACUUAUGUGGCCUACAACAUUCAUGUGAAUGGAGUCCUUCACUGCAGGGUGCGAUACAGCCAGCUCCUUGGCUUACAUGAGCAGAUUAAGAAGGAGUAUGGGAAUAACGUGGUGCCGGCGUUCCCUCCCAAGAAGAUCUUCACACUCACGCCCGCAGAGGUGGAGCACAGGAGGGAGCAGCUGGAAAAGUACAUGCAGGCCGUGAGGCAAGACCCUAUGCUGGGAUCCAGCGAGAUGUUCAACAGCUUCCUAAGGAAAGCCCAGCAGGAGACGCAGCAGAUCCCUACAGAGGAGGUUCAGCUGGAGGUGCACCUCUCCAACGGGCAGAAGGUGCGGGUCAACAUCCUCACGUCGGACCAGACCGAGGACGUCCUGGAGGCGGUGGCCACAAAACUGGACCUCCCGGAUGAGCUGGUCGGGUACUUCAGCCUCUUCCUGGUCCAGGAGGGAGCCGAUGGAGGCUACACCUUUGUGAGGAAGCUGCAGGAGUUUGAGCUGCCCUACGUCUCCAUCACCAGCCUCCACAGCCCCGACUUCCACAUCGUCCUCCGCAAAAGCUACUGGGACACAGCGUAUGACGGUGACGUUAUGGACAACCGGGUGGGACUGGACUUGCUAUACUCUCAGACUGUGUCAGACAUCGAGCGAGGUUGGAUCCUUGUCAACAAAGACCAGCACAGGCAGCUCAAAUCUCUGCAGGAGAAGGGCUCAAAGAAGGAGUUCAUCCGAUUGGCCCAGACAUUGAAGUAUUACGGCUACAUCAAGUUCGACCCGUGCAUCACAGACUUCCCGGAGAAAGGCUGCCACGUGAUCGUGAGCGCGGGCAACAACGAGCUCAACUUCCACGUCAAGCUGCCCAACGAGCAGAUGAAGGAGGGCAGCUUCAAGGUCACACGCAUGCGGUGCUGGAGGGUCACGUCAUCGCAAGUGCCGGUGGUGAAUGGGUCGGCCAACCCGUGCAGCUCUGCCAAGUGUGACGUGAAGCUGGAGCUGGCCUUCGAGUACCUGAUGAGCAAAGACCGGCUGCAGUGGCUCACCAUCACCAGUCAACAGGCAAUCAUGAUGAGCAUCUGCUUGCAGUCCAUGGUCGAUGAGCUGAUGGUCAAGAAAUCGGGUGGAAGUAUUAAAAAGAUGCAGAAGAAACGGCUCAAUGGCGCCUUCCACAGGUCAGACAGUAACCAGGCAGUGAAGUCUCCUCCAUUACUGGACUCUCCCGACCCGAACCGUGAGCAGGUUGUCAAACUCUCGGCCAAGUUGACCUCAGUGUCCCUCAGAGGAAUCAGUGCCUCCACCUCCAACAAUGACAUCAGUGGCAAUGAUUUCCAUGGCAACUACGCUUUUGAGGGGAUUGGCGACGAUGACCUGUGACGCCUCCCCCUGGCCAAUCUCCCCCUGUUCCUCUACCGCAUAGACACAGAGAGAUGUGGACCGCUCAACAGGCAAAUGGAAAUGAGGAAAAUAAGAGGGGCACACGGAUGCCUACAGCAGAGUCAAGGAUAUUUGAAAAACCAGCAGCUGCUCCUCGUUUGGGUAGGCUGCAGCAUCCACCUGCAUCCCUCGACCAACCAGCCCUUCAUAGUUGCAACGUGCUAGACCGUUGCCAAAUUUUAUUUUUUAUCAUUUAUUAUUUUUCUUUUAAUUUUCAUCAUUCCAAUGCAGACAUUGAGCAUCAAGCUACCAUUAUUAUUCCACCACAUUCCCAUGGCUGAAGGCCCUUUCUAAACCUUUGCUGGUUUCCACAUUUGCGCAUUUCAGAGAACCCCACUGGGCCUUCAACUAAGAGAACUGUUUGAAGGUUUUUUUUUUUUUUUUUAAUUAUAUUCUGGCUGUGAUGCUCAUGGGGAUGAGAUCCCUUUUGUGUUUUUGGUAAAGUACCCUUGAUUUAGGGGCUAGAAGUCAAAUAUGUAGAUGAAAUGGCCUGUGCCCUCUGUGUAGAUUUUCUUUUAAAAGGUGUCUUGUCAAAAUGUUUGUCAGGAAGUUGUUGUAUUUUAAAAAAUGUGGAUGUAAUCAAAUCGCCAAUCACUGUGGUUCCCUAAAGUCACAUUUAUUGUUGCAUAUGACUGUGGGAAGGUUUUAAAAUAGUAUUGUGGCCUGUUUCUGUGGCAGGCAAGCAUUUGAUUCCAUUGAUUUGAUUCAGUCAUCAUGUUCUGGCUACAGAUAUGGGUCAUUAACAAAUGCUUAAACCAUUUAAAGUGGUAGAAUUGAGAGCAAACAUUUAAGCAGUGGCGGGUAUGUACAGAACAUUUCAGUUUACUCAAAUUCGGUUUGAAUAUUUUGAGGAACCAAAUAAGUGGUCUUUUUUUUUUUCAAAGAGUCCUGAUUCAAAGAGGUCUGAUUUCCAUUAGGUCUGAAAUCUGAGGGCUUUUUUUUAGGAAUCUGUUAGUUCUUCUUGUGAGUCAGAUGUGAAAGCCAUGGCAUCAUCUUGCAUCAUGCACUGCUUUCGUUAAAAGUAUUCAGUGCUGCAGGCACCUAGGGUCAAAUUUCAAAAUAAUCUCCCCUCCAAGCCUCAAGAUCAAAGGUUGUUAUUGACUUGGACACUGGACCAGAAUUUCUCAUUUUUAAUUUUGGAUGGUAGUGCGAUGCAAUUGAAUCGAUUACACUGGCCCUGUUGACAGCCAACUAAACUAUCAUUUGGUUGAUGAGUAUUCUAUGUUGUUUGAAAUGUAGCACACAGACUGACGAGCGUUCAUGUUAAGGAGAUAGAAUGAAUGAUAUUGAAAUCUCCUUCGAUCACCUUCACAGCCAAAAAAAAGUAAGUAAGUGCAUUUUAUUCCCCAUUUACAGUCAUUGCCCCUCAAUCUUUUUAGUGCACGUAAAGAAUGUAGCAGCUAAGCCCAGUGCAUUGUUGUUUGUGAUUUUUAGAGUGCGGCUGUAGAUUAUUCAGUGAUAUACGAUCAUUUGCUGACAUCUCAGCACGUUAAUGAGGCCUCUACAGUGUCUCUGCUGUUGGGGUUGUGACUGGUUCUCUUGCCUCUUGAUUAGGCUCAGGCGGGGCAUCUCAGUGACUGGUACCUGCCGCCUGGCUACGCUCUUAAGCCUUUUGCUGUUGAGGGAGAUUCUCAGUUUAACAGCAAACAUAAGGUGGCUUGUACAGAUCUGUACAGCUUUUGCCUCUUUAUUUUGAUCUCAUUGAGGUUUGUGUCACAUCUUCAAAUUCAGAAGCCGUCUUAAUGUGUAUUCAAAACAUAAAUGGAGAACAUCUCUGAAAGGGUGUAAAAAUGUGUCAGGUGAUCUUAUUAGGUGUUAAUUUAGUUUUUACAUUUUGCACAGCAAAAAAGCCGCUACAUGUUGUACCUUUUAUCCAGCAUUGUAAUGGACAACUAAAUGUAUGUACAAAGAGUAUGUUCUUUUUUCUUUCCUUUAAUUUUGCUGCCUUAAAUAAUUAAAAUGCCUUACGCAGCUGCCCAUCCCCUUGGCAUUGCGGAUUGGCUCUUAAACCUCACCCUUGCCUCAGUGCGCCAGGCAAUAGCCAGUAGCAGUCCCUGGCUAAACAUACCCUGGCAAUUUCGGAAGGAUUUGAUUGGUUAAAUUGGCAGACCUGCUUGCACUUGCUGAACUUGUGACAUUGCACAGUAUUAUGAGGGACUAGUUUCUAAUUUAUUUCCAUUAUAUAAAGUGUGAAAACGUAGUGGAGUGGAACCAUGGACAACUACAUUAGUCAACAUUUCAAGAGGGGGGAAGGGGUUUGGACCUGUCAUAAGUUGUUUUUCUUUGUCUUUGUCGCUGUUUGUUCAGCCAAUAUUUUGAAAAGGUGUCUCAUAAAUGCCAAAAUGAUAGUUUACUAAAGCAUUUUGCACAGAGAAACAUUUUAAGAAUCAUGAUAAUGUCACUUUUAUAUAUAUACAGUAUAUAUAUGUACAUGCAAUUAAGAGUAUUCCGAGCAUUUACUAAUCUCAUCAAUGAAUUGUUGUAAUCAUGUAGAUCAAUGUAAUCUAAACUGUAAAAUACUAUAAACUAACAUGUAUCAUUGUUUACAGAAUUGUAGAAUAUCAUGGCAAAAGAGAAAGUGUUUACAAAUUCCACACCAGAUUUUAUUAUUGAUUUUUUUUUGUUUUUGUUUUUGAAUAGUAGUGCAUUUUGGAAUUGACUAGGUUGGGCAUCAAUCCAGGAUCCAUGUGUGGCGUUUGUAUUGUAGGACAUUCAUCUUACAUUUUGUGUCUCACAGAUUUAUUUUUUGUAUUUGAAAUCAUCUCAAAAGAUUGUGCUAUUUUACAGCUGAUUAACAUAAACAUGGAACGAAAAUAUGGCUACCA